AUGGGCCAGUUCUUGAUACUCAGCGAUUCCACCGUUCACGACAUACUCAUCGAUCUUAGAAAAGACCAAAUUCUUCAUAUUCGCGAUGCGCUCGUACAAUGCCUAACGGAAUUUUCCACCGGAUCGGAACGCGAGUACCAACCGCCAGUGGGAAUUGUUAACCGUCCAGAAGGCAACAAAACCCUAUUUCGACCGUUCACCUCUGCGAGCAGUGUGGGCGUCAAAGUGAUUGUAGACCCACCGCCAUCAUCUCCAGCCGCUGGCGCUCUGCACGGUAUCCUCGCCAUUUGCGAUCUCAAUGGAAUACCUACGGGCAUGUUGAAUGCUGAAGAGAUCACGGGGUAUAGAACUGCGUUGAGUGCCUUGGUUCCCUUUCUGUGGCGACGCUGCGUGGAGAAUAUCGUCGUCUUUGGUGCGGGCAGACAGGCACUGUGGCAUCUGCGACUGGCACUCGCGCUUCGAGGCGACGAGAUCAAGUCCAUCACCAUACUCAAUCGGUCUGCUCAGCGUGCACAAGGCCUACUUGCAGAGAUUCUUCAAGAGAAUGAGAAGCACUGGGGAUCCCCAGCUCGCAUGAAAUACCUGGAUCCAUCGUACGUUGGGUACAAGUCAGAGAUGAGCACUCAUCUGGGGACUGCCGACGCGAUAUUUUGCACAGUAGGCACUACUGCGCCUGUAUUCUCUGCUGAGAGCGUAUUAGAUGCCAAACGGAGACGGCUUCCUUACAUAUCCGCCGUGGGUUCAUGGCAACAGAAUAUGUUGGAGUUGGAUCCCAAUCUUUUGAGACGAGUUCGCAAACCUGAAAAUGGCUACAGGCUGGACGAGCAAGUGGGUGGUUCGGUACUGGUUGACGAUCGGAUUGGCGCAUUGGAGCACUCUGGUGAGAUUGUUCAGAGUGAGCUCGAUGCAAGCGACAUUAUCGAGAUCGGUCAAAUUGAGCAGUUGCGAAGUUCUGAAAACUCAAAGCAGCUCCAUGAAUGGCUUGAGGAUGGUCUUUUGGUGUACAAGAGUAUUGGAGUCAGCACUACAGACCUUGCGGCUGGAAGAGCUGUUCUUGCUUUGGCCACGGCCAAAGGCGUUGGAGUUCAGUUAGAUAACUUUUGA